UUCCAAGUUUGACUACAUUUUUUUGGAAAUAUAACCUAGAAAUCAUUGUCACAAAAAUAUUUCUAAGCAACAAUAAUACACUUAAAAAUGGCCAACUUGGAUGCCAUUAUAAAAGAAAACGCCGAGAAUACCGAACGCAUUACGCAAAAUACCCAAGGAUAUGUGAUCUCAAAUAAUCUGCAUGGUACGAUUGCUACAUCGACCUAUGACAACACCAUUUCCAUGGGUAUAAUCAAGCUAUUGUGUGGCACAUUGGUGGACACCGCACGCAGUGCAGUUCGGGAUUUGGAUUGUACCAAUGAUUUGACCUUUUUGCGAGUGGCCACAAAGAAAUGUGAAUACUUGAUUGCUCCCGAAGAGGAAUUUACAAUUGUUGUGGUACAAUAACGAAUAAUAUAUUUCAGUUUUUCAUAACAAAUUCUAUUUGCAAUAAAGAUCCUUGGCAUUUUGGAUAACCACAA